UAAUAACGUUAAUAUAAAAUCGCGGAUAUUAUAUCCUUAGAUUAUUUGGAAAAUUUGACUAAUUCGGAAUUUAAUCGAUGUAAAGUUCCAUUGCCAGUAUAACGUCGCAAAAUAGAUUGUUUUUAAAUGAUUGUGACUAUUGUUUUCGACUCACUUAGUGGACUCAAUAAUAUGAAAUUGUAUAAUUUAAAGCAGUAAUUGCAACGUGCGGAUUGCAGGCAGUCGCCCCUCGUCCCGCCAGGCAACCCCGCGCUUGAACACCGUAAGUAAACAGUCUGGUGUUUAUCCGCGUCUCGCUCACACCGACCGCGACGCGUCGCGCCUCUGAGGUGCACUCCGUGUUCCUAUUAUUUUCGUGACGGGUAUUGCGCCGAAGCCGAUUCCCGCAUCCUCGCCCCCGAGACGCGAGGUCCGGUCCCGUGGCGGAGGCGGCGGCGACGGCCGUUCGCAACGCGCGCCACUCCGCACCCGUGCCAGACUGUCGCAUUAGUUCGAGCCUGCGGAAGUGUUAUCUCGCAUUCAUUUACGUUCAAAUAUAAUAUGCUACUUUCGAACUAUUUGAAGUGUAUGCGACGUGUGACAAAAGAUUUGCGUAGCAACUUAGCCGUUGCGUUAAAUUUGUGAGGUGUCAGUGAUAGUGGAUUUUCGUAAUUGCGUGCUGAUGACACACGUAGUGAAUGUGGAUGGAGUACAAAAUUGUUUUGGAAGAUGCAUUUCAAAGAGGCGUUCGCGAUGAGCGAUCGACCAAGCGAACGCGGCCGCCGCAAUUCUCGGUGCAAGGGUGCUGGCGUCAAGAUGGAGCACUUCCAGGCGGCGCUGGAUCCUCGCAAGCAGGAGCUUCUCGAAGCACGAUUCUUAGGAGCCAAAGUCACAGCAAGGGAGAUAAUAGUAGAAACUCAUCGUGCUCCAGAAUUCAAAAUGAUGUCAGCUGGUUCACAAAUUCAGAUGGCACCACAAACUACUGUCAACACGGGGCAACCGCUACACAGUCAGGACUCCAAUAUGAGCACAGGGUCAUCUCAUAGUGAUAAAGAAGUUGAUGCUUUAACUCCGGAGAAGUCUGUAGCUAUGCGAGGCUCAACUGCUGCGUCAGGCACAGUCCUGGUUGCUCCUGGUGGUGCCACACCUACCAUAACAAUGCCGGAGAGGAAGCGAAAACGAAAAGGAGAUGAAGGAGUUGGUGGUGGUGGGGGUGGAGGAGGAAAGCAACGCCAUAACUCAUCAGAUAAAAAUAUACGAGAAUAUUUCUCAAAGCACCCCUCGUCCAGUCCUGUAAGGCAUGCUGGAGCUAAAUCCCCCUCGCCUCAAGGCGCCAAUUAUCCUAUGUACCCACCGUCACCUUCAUCACUAUUGCCAGGAGCUGACUUCAUGCGAGCAGCUUCUCAACAGAGACCUCACACAUCAGUUAAACAGGAUUAUUGUUUGCAGAUUCAGACAGAAAUGACAUGUCAGAGGAUACAAGAGUUAGAAACUCAGGCAUCUUCUGAUUUAGAACUAAGAAAUAAUAAAAUAGAUGAAUUAACACGGACAAAUGAAGAGCUAAAGCAUCAAGUGCAAGCUCAAAAUAAGGUGAUUGAACAACACAAAUCACACAUCAACAAAUGUAUAGAAGUAGUUAAGAAAUUGUUGAAUGAAAAAAGUACUAUUGAAAAGAAGGAAGCCCGACAGCGCUGCAUGCAAAAUAGACUGAGGCUAGGCCAGUUUGUCACGCAACGUGUCGGUGCCACCUUUCAAGAAAAUUGGACUGAUGGAUAUGCAUUUCAAGAGCUAACAAGGCGACAAGAAGAGAUUACAGCUGAGAAAGAGGAGAUAGAUCGGCAGAAGAAAUUGUUGUUCAAAAAGCGUCCAGUGAACACAGAGGGCGGUGGGGGACGCGGCAAGCGGACAGCCAGCGCCGCCCCUUCCACGCCCCAACCCUCGCCGUUACACAACGGCACUGACGCACCCACCUUCCUCAAACCAGACCCACUACCCAGCAUGACCUACCAAGAGUACUAUGAGGCUGAUGAAAUUCUUAAGUUAAGGCAGAGUGCACUAAAAAAAGAAGAUGCAGAUUUACAGCUAGAAAUGGAAAAGUUAGAAAGAGAAAGGAACCUUCAUAUUAGGGAAUUGAAACGAAUACACAAUGAAGACCAGAGCCGUUUCUCACAGCAUCCUGUGCUCUCUGAACGGUAUUUACUGCUGAUGCUGCUUGGCAAGGGUGGAUUCAGUGAAGUACACAAGGCGUUCGAUCUAAAGGAGCAACGAUACACCGCGUGUAAAGUGCAUCAGCUCAACAAAGACUGGAAAGAAGACAAGAAAGCCAAUUAUAUCAAACACGCACUACGGGAGUACAACAUCCAUAAAGCCUUGGAUCACCCUCGCAUCGUAAAACUGUACGAUGUAUUCGAAAUCGACGGAAAUUCGUUUUGUACAGUACUUGAAUACUGUAAUGGACAUGAUCUCGACUUUUAUCUCAAACAGCACAAAACAAUCCCGGAGCGUGAGGCGCGUUCCAUUGUGAUGCAAGUGGUGUCAGCAUUAAAGUAUCUGAACGAAAUAAAACCACCUGUCAUUCACUAUGAUCUGAAACCCGGGAAUAUUCUACUAACGGAAGGCAAUGUUUGUGGCGAGAUCAAGAUUACAGACUUUGGCCUCUCCAAAGUAAUGGACGAGGAGAACUACAAUCCUGACCAUGGCAUGGACUUGACCAGCCAGGGAGCCGGUACAUACUGGUAUCUGCCACCGGAAUGUUUCGUCGUUGGAAAAAACCCACCAAAGAUAAGUAGUAAGGUGGAUGUUUGGAGUGUGGGUGUUAUCUUCUACCAGUGCCUGUAUGGAAAGAAGCCGUUUGGCCACAACCAGAGCCAGGCUACUAUAUUGGAAGAAAACACCAUACUAAAGGCAACUGACGUUCAGUUUGCUAACAAACCCACAGUCAGCAAUGAGGCUAAAAGUUUCAUCCGCGCGUGCCUGGCGUACCGCAAAGAGGAGCGCAUCGAUGUGUUCGGUCUGGCGCGGCACGAAUACCUGCAGCCGCCGACGCCCAAGUCUCGCGGUGCGGGGGCGGGGUCGGGCGGUGCGGGGGCGGGGUCCGGGACGGGCGGCGGAGGUGGGGGCUCCUAGCCGCGCCGGCGCCGCCCGCGCCACCCGGCGGCGCAGUAGUACUCCGGCCCGACCGUGAUCCGACUACUUUUUAGUUUGAACCUUGUCGGUUAAAUAUCCAGAGUUGUAAAAUGACUAAAUAUCAUUUACGGAUUAAAUUGUUUAAGAUUAUGCUUACUGUUGACCGUAUUUAUUGAGCGGGUGAUAAAAUGUGAUUCUCCACUUGUGAGUGAUGGUUUUAUCCUUUUAUCACUAGAGAGGAAUCCUUGGGACUGUCCCUUGCAUAUUAUAUAAGUUAUCCCUAUUAAAAGUUAAAAUAUUA